CUGGCCCGGCAGGAGGACAGCUGUCGGGAUUCGCGGUGUGCCGCGACCGGCGCUGGGGAGCGGGGCGUAGGGCGGCGGCGGCGGCGGCCCCGCGGGGCCGGGCACGCUGGGCUGCGGCAGCCGGCGGGGGGGUGGCGGCGGUAGCGCGGUCGAGAGGGCGGUCGGCUGCCUGGAUGGCCGGUUCCUGCGGCUGCCCAGCGCGCCGGGCUCUCUCUCAGCCCAGGGACGUGCGCUUCCUCCUCCCGCAUCGCACUGCAGUAAGUUCGCGAGGCGCUGGGCGGCCGAACUGCUUGCGAUCGCAGAGUGCUGUAACCCACUGCUGAACCAACAAAUUGGAAACAAUUCAUAGCAUCAAAGACUUCAGACUGAUGCCGUCUAUCAAGUCUUCAAGCACUGUGAACUGAAACUACAAAUCUUGGAGUUUGUGUCACCUGGGUCAAAAGGAAUGCUUUUCUGGUAUUAACGAGGACUAUUACUGCCAUUAUGACGAGCCAGGAGAAGUGGCUUAACCUUAGUCCUGGAGAGUUCUCUCAGCUUCAGAAAUAUGCAGAAUAUUCCACUAAGAAAAUUAAGGAUGUCUUAGAAGAGUUCCAUGGCAGUGGUGUGUUAGCAAAAUAUAAUCCUGAAGGGAAACAAGAUAUACUUAAUCAAACAAUUGAUUUAGAGGGAUUCAAGCUGUUCAUGAAGACUUUUCUGGAGGCAGAGCUACCUGAUGAUUUCAUUGAGCAUCUUUUUACAUCAUUUAGCAACAAAGUCUCUCACUGCAGCCCAUUAAUAAAAAACAAACCCCAGCUCCUUUCUGGAGUUAAAGUGUCUGAAGAGAGAUGGAAACAGAUGCCAGGUCUGAGACUUAACAAAGGCACCUCUACAUCCCGACCUCCUACACCUGCCAACUUGAAUCUACCAGAUGCGAUCCAGCUGAAAGACAUUGUUUGUUAUUUAUCACUGCUAGAAAGAGGAAGACCUGAAGACAAGCUAGAAUUUAUGUUUCGUUUAUAUGAUACAGAUGGAAACGGAUACCUGGAUAGUUCGGAGCUGGAAAAUAUCAUUGCACAAAUGAUGCAUGUUGCAGAAUACCUUGAAUGGGAUAUUACUGAACUGAGCCCAAUUCUUCAUGAAAUGAUGGAAGAAAUUGACUAUGACCAUGAUGGUACUGUUUCUCUAGAAGAGUGGAUUCAAGGAGGAAUGACAACAAUCCCACUCUUGGUCCUUCUUGGAUUAGAGAAUAAUGUGAAAGAUGAUGGGCAGCAUGUAUGGAGACUGAAGCACUUUAACAAACCUGCUUACUGUAAUCUUUGUUUGAACAUGCUAAUCGGAGUAGGCAAGCAAGGCCUCUGCUGUUCUUUUUGCAAGUAUACAGUCCAUGAACGCUGUGUCUCAAGAGCUCCUGCAUCUUGCAUCAAAACAUAUGUGAAGUCCAAAAAGAAUACUGAUGUAAUGCACCAUUUCUGGGUGGAAGGAAAUUGUCCAACAAAAUGUGAUAAAUGUCAUAAAACCAUAAAAUGUUACCAAGGCUUGACUGGACUUCACUGUGUUUGGUGUCAGAUCACAUUGCAUAAUAAAUGUGCUUCACAUCUAAAACCUGAAUGUGACUGUGGACCUUUGAAGGACCAUAUUUUACCACCCACAUCAAUCUGCCCAGUAGUAUUGACGCUACCCACUUCAGGAGGUUUGCUCCCUGAGGAAAGGCAGGCAACAGUGAAAAAAGAAAAGGGUUGUCUCCAACAAAUGAACAAACUGGGAGAACGAAACAAAAUGCAAAGAGCAAAUUCCAUCACUGUAGACGGACAAGGUCUUCAGAUCACUCCAGUUCCAGGCACUCAUCCACUUUUAGUUUUUGUCAAUCCUAAAAGUGGUGGAAAACAAGGAGAAAGAAUUUAUAGAAAAUUUCAGUACCUUUUAAAUCCUCGUCAAGUUUAUAGUCUUGCUGGAAAUGGACCAAUGCCAGGGUUAAAUUUUUUCCGAGAUGUUCCUGAGUUCAGAGUACUGGCAUGUGGUGGAGAUGGAACAGUAGGCUGGAUUUUGGAUUGCAUAGAGAAAGCAAACUUGCUUAAGCAUCCUCCAGUUGCAAUUCUGCCUCUUGGGACUGGCAAUGAUUUAGCAAGGUGUCUGAGAUGGGGAGGAGGUUAUGAAGGUGAAAAUUUAAUGAAGAUCUUAAAAGACAUUGAGAACAGCUCUGAGAUUUUGCUGGACAGGUGGAAAUUUGAAGUAAUACCCAAUGAUAAAGAUGAGAAAGGAGACCCAGUGCCUUACAACAUCAUAAAUAACUACUUUUCUAUUGGCGUGGAUGCUUCAAUUGCCCACAGAUUCCACAUCAUGAGAGAAAAACAUCCAGAGAAGUUCAACAGUAGAAUGAAGAACAAAUUUUGGUAUUUUGAAUUUGGCACUUCGGAAACUUUCUCAGCCACCUGUAAGAAGCUGCAUGAAUCUGUAGAAAUAGAAUGUGAUGGGAUUCAGCUAGACUUGAUCAAUAUUUCUCUGGAAGGAAUUGCCAUUCUGAACAUCCCAAGCAUGCAUGGUGGAUCAAAUCUUUGGGGGGAGACAAAGAAAAGACGCAGCCAUCGCCGGACAGAAAAGAAGAGAUCAGAUAAAAGAACCACUGUCACAGAUGCUAAGGAACUGAAGUUUGUAUGCCAAGAUCUUAGUGACCAGCUUAUGGAAGUGGUUGGUCUGGAAGGAGCCAUGGAAAUGGGUCAGAUAUAUACAGGUCUGAAAAGUGCUGGAAGAAGGCUUGCCCAGUGCUCAUCCGUUGUCAUCAGGACCAGCAAGUCUCUGCCUAUGCAGAUAGAUGGGGAACCUUGGAUGCAAACCCCCUGCACGAUAAAAAUUACCCACAAGAACCAAGCCCCUAUGUUGAUGGGUCCUCCUCCAAAAACUGGUCUUUUCUCCUCUAUCAUCAAAAGAACAAGGAACCACAGCAAGGAAUAAGUCUGUGUAGUUUAGUUUUUAGAAAAUCAAUUAGCUUUGUUGGGCUUUGGAAUAUUUAUGCUGGAAAUCUUUCAAAAAAUUUUAGAAUAUCUUCUACUUGCAAAUUCAUGGAUUUUCAUUUAACAGUUUCCAUAACUGAGCUAAUGUAAUAUUAUGCUAUUAGAAAAAAAGUUAUUGUCACAGGUUUGUAGGCAUUUUGCAUGAAGAAAGCAGAUGUUUACAUAAAGUGAUACAGCAUUUUUUGGUUGUUGAUGUUGCAUGAGGUACCAUUUAUUAAUCUAUGGGAUAAUUCUGCCAUGGAAUAUAGGAUGAGAAUGCCAUGGGUAAUUUGAUUUUCUCUCCAUUACAUUUCUAUUUUUUUGUGUGUGUGCUUUUUUCUAUUACAAUGAUCAUAUGCAGUAAGUUCAGUAGUAUCUCUUGAAUCAAACAUCUUCACAUCAAUAACCAAUGAGACCUGGUUCAGAGUAAAGUUUAUUACAGGUCUCAGUAACUUUUAUUUUAUCAUUUGUUUCUACCCUGAGAAUAUUUUUAUUCAGCUAAGUAUUCAAAUCUUACAUCUUAUUCUGAUAACUCCUAUAUAUGUAACUGUACCUGCUGAAAACUUCAAAUUCAAUGUAUGCAAUAUUUAAAUGAUUGUGAUCAUUCUUGUGUAGGUUUUUGCAAGACUUGAAGUAAUUGAAAGUUUGAGCAAAAAUUAUCUGGUUAAGGAGUUCAUUCUAAGAUUGAAGAUAAUAGUGUUUUCAAACGUAGCUAUCAGUGUUGUUUGUUGAAACACUAGAAUAAUUUUAAUGAGCAAUACAUCUCUGGAGCAUGGCAAACUUUAAAUCAUUCUACAUUAUUGACCAACAGUAUGGUGUGUAUGCACACAAAUAACCAAAGCUCAUGCCUAAUAAAGUGCAUUUCCCACCAAAGAUUUAGUGAAGGAUACUUCAGAGAAAUGGGUUAAUGCAUAAUUAAUCAAGAUCUUUGGUAUAUACUCACCUCUGAAAAUUUAGAGCUCUUUUGAUUAUGUCGGCAAUGUCCAGACAAAUGUUGGGAUAGGAAAAAAAACAUUAAAUUGCAAAUAAAUACUCAAUUUUCAUUUAUUUCAUAAGCUGAUAAACACAUAUUCUAAAUACUGAAACAUACGUAGUAUAAACAUUGGAAAAUUAAAUAUAUGUCUAAUUUUAUUUUAAUUAUUAUUUAUACAUCUAUGCUAUCCAUAUUUUAUUUGUCCUCUGAAUUAAUAUAUUAAGGAAAGAAUAAACUGUUAUCUAUUUCCCUUUCAUAGUCUAUUGCCUGGAAUAAAAUCAUCUCUUGUCAUAAAUUUGGGGGAAACAAUUUUUCAGAUUUUUACUUAGCCCUCUGAGAGACUUCCUAACAGCUUAGAAAUCGUAAUACAGGGAUUUGUCUGAGGUUUGCACAACACUGUCUAAUGUUGAAGGGAAGUCUAGGAAUGGCAACUUUUUUUAGUCUUGCAUAUCAACAGUCUCAAUCAAAACUUCUGUGCAGUUUUAACUUUGUUCUUUGCUCAGAGUGAGCUGCUUCUCAUCUCUGCAUGUCUUAAGUUCUCAGAAAUUUCAUGAAAAAAUAACAAAAAAGUAAAACUUUGCUUGAAAUGCAUGAUUUCCCAUUUUUAUCUAGAUUUUUAAAUGUUAAUGAUUUAUUAAAUCUAUUUUUCUAUUGAUUCAUUCAUUCACCAAAAAAUAGUAUUUCAUCAUUCUGUAGUGCACGAUACUGUGCAUGUACUUAAACAAAGUUGAUAUAAUUUCUUCCUCAGUGUAAGAAUUCAACAGAAUCCUAAUUUGUAUAAUAGACGCCAAAAUAAAAUUCAGUAUAUAGUUGGUAAGAAUUAUGAUUUUGAAAUAUAUGAUCGAUGUUCUGUAAAAAUGAGGAAGUAAAUACUGAUUAAUGUUAUGUUCAGCAUUAGGUAGAAAAAUAGUGGGGCAAUUCUUUGCUAAAAUUAAGAUCUUCUAGUUCCCCAUUCUUGGGUCCAAUUAGUUACCAUACUAGCAAACUCCUUUUUUUUUCCAAUGCAUUGCAAACGUACAAACACACAAGCAUUUGAUGCACUUGUUGACUACAAAUAUAUAUGAUCAUAGAGGUAAAGAUAUCUGCAAAAAGAAGGAACUUGCUGACAUUAUAUUACAUGAAGUGCAUAUUGGUUUUAUGAAAUUAUGGUUAUAGGUGAUAUUUUCAGAUAACUUGAUGUAGGAUUUUCUACCAAUGCUCUUAAUUUUUUGUGGCAAAGAUGUGUUUAAUGAUAAUAUAUAAUGUGUUCUCUAUGAUUAUCUCAUGAACAUUGUAACUCUGAAAACAAAUAAAAAGAUGCAUAAGCUAUUCUUUAAUAAUGUAUGCAAUUUUAAAAGUGCCAGUCUGAAUAGCAAAUUCAUGACAUGCUUUUUCAUAUAAAAAGGAAUAGAUGAGUAAUCAUGUAAUCACAAUUACAUACAGUUCUGACUAAAUGUAUAAAAGGUAAAUCAGAUGUGUUUGUCAGUUUGUAUCAAAUUAUUAUGGUAGCAAAAUAUAAUGGAGCAGCUAUUAUACUACAUGUUGACACAUUAUAUCAGUGACAUCCUGUCUGUCUGUAAAUUGUGUUUGUUUAUUUGUUUACAAUGGCCUCUAAUAAUAUAAAACCAUGAUCAAGUUGAAUGUAUUGAUGAAAAGCUUAGAGUACAUAAAACAUACUAUGAAAGGAAAAUGCUUGGUGUAAUGAAAGAAAAAUUCAUUUUUUUCCCCUCUUCUUUUACUUCAAUGUGUGCAGAACUAGCAUUGUGAAACUACAUUUUUGUAUAUGGUGAAGUGAAGCUAUGAAUAUAUGUAUGAAUGUAUGAACUGUCCUUAUAUUGACUGGAUAUUAAGAGUAGUACCUGUGAACCUUCCACAAUUCACAGUGAGGUAUUCUUUAAGGCCUCAUUAAUGACAUUUACAACAUGAAUGGAAAUUACAACACUGUAGGAAUUAUAUCUGACACCAAAUUUGCAAAUUUUUCAUCUCCCUGGUAGGAUGUUGCAGGUGGCCAAUGUGCUGAGGAAAGCAUCACUUUCAAUUCAUGAGUUCCUAUUAAACUCAGAAUUUGCUGCAGACACAAAUACAAUGUUACUGCUUCCAGUACUUGCAAGAUAUUUGUAUGUAUACCAUCACCAUUAUUUAAAGCUGGGGGGGCUAGAUGUCAUGAUGUCUGCUUAUUGGAGUGUGUAUGCAUAUUCACAAGCUAGGUCAGGUAACAUGCUAAUACGCUUAGGACUUUGAUGAUCUAAGAAACAUAAUAAUUACUAAUUAUUAAUAAUUACUAAUAAUUAUUAAACUACUAAAAAUAAUAAUUACUAAUACUAAAAACUAAUAAUUAAUAUUAGUUUCUGAAACAGAAGUAGAUGCCCUAUAGCACUGUCUCAUUCUUAUCAACUCUGUUUUAUUACAUGUAAGUCAUACCAAUGAUUACCUAAUAUUUAAAAUUAUCUAUUGCAAAUAAAGUCACCAAGUUCAUCAUGUUUGAAAAUAUCAGUGUAAGGAGUAAUUACAGUCAGAGUAUCUGUGUUUGAUAUUAUAAGAAACUAAGAAAAAAACCAUCUUUUUUUAAGUUUGGUUAAUUACUUUUGCUGUUUAUGUUGGUUUUCUUUUGUUGUUUUUUGUUUGUUAGUUUGUUUUUUUGUUUUUCUUUUAAUAUUGAGACUAUGGAUGUUCAGACAUUUGCAACAAGUUGGUCUGUUUGUGAUUUAAGAUACUAGCAUUAUUCUGCAAGUUACUGUCUUCAAUCUCAACUUCUUAAUGGGGCUUGUAACUUUGACAAUGGUCCUAGAGAGGUUCCUAGGAAGGAAGGCUUCCUGGGAAGCAGCCACUUUAAAGGAGUGUAGUCCAUCACCUGUCUGGAGAAGACUAGAGGAAAUGGCUGCAAAUCUGAAAAAAAAUAAAAUAAAAUUAAAAUUAAAAAAAAAAAAUCCAGAAUAAUUACCUCUAGACAAGAAAUCCAGGGAAGAGCAGAGAUGAACUCUGUUAAGCAAUGAAAAAAACAAAUGUUAAAAGUGGUGUGCUAAAAAAAGUCAAAAGCAAACAACAGAAACUGUGUGGGGCCAGAGAGGCCAGGUGAAGUUAUUCAAGGUUAAUGAGAAUUGAUGUGCCAACGAAAUUGAUUAGGUUAAUCUGGAGUCUAGUUCUACUUAGGAUGAGGGGUGUAUUGUUGUUUUUUGUUGUUUUUAUUUAUUUAUUUAUUUUUGUGGGAAGUGUUAGUGGACUUAGAUCCAAGUGGAACCUCAUUGAGCCUUUCUAGUGAAGGGAGAAGGAUUUGGAAUGAAAAUGGAAAGAAAAAUUAUAUAUAAUCAAAUGGUAAAUAAUUUUCUAGGCCUUUGUUUAUUUUUGAAUGCUUUUAUAACUUGAAAAAAAAUGGCCUUGCUAUUAGGUAAGUUGUGCAAAACUGCUAAGCAGUUAGCAGGAAAGUUAAUAAAUGAAUUUAGAAAGCUGAGGUGGUUACAAGAACUGCUCCAUGUUUUAUGCAAGAGUGGUAAAGAACAUGCCAACCUCUUGUCAGAUAAUUGCUACUUGUCUCUAGCUCUGCGAGGUCUGAAAGCAUUUUGUUUUCCCUGUACAUAAGGAAGGAAACUUCUUGUGGUCCUGUUGAGGUGAGUAAAAGCCUUACUGUAUCCCUAGCUGGAAAAUAAAUCAAACAUGCCAGAUAUGGAAGCUAAAUCUCCAUUAAAGAAAUGUAAACUAAUAGGUGAAUAUUCAUGCCUAUGAGGAUCUGAGGAUGUGCUGUGCCGGAAUGCUUAUCUGAUGGUGCAAGUUCUGUCCAGGUCUGUCAAGAUUAUCUGAUUUCUGCCAAAUCUGGUCUUCUGCUAUGGUGGGCCUGCUGGGUUAUGUACCUUCAUUAGCAAUCAUUUGCUGGAUAUUGAGUUAAUUUUUAAAUAAGCACGUUUGAUGUCUCCUGGGAAGUUGUUCUGUGGCCAAUGAACCUUUUGAAAGAAGACAAUAUCUGGGGCAGGAAAAUUGAAACAGCUUGUUGUCGGAUAGCUUUUUUUACUUGAAUGCAGCAAAAGUAUUGUCGAGUUCACAGUGGCUUCAUGGAGACCUGUGUAAGAGUAGAGUUGUGUUCCAUUACUGUGCCCACUGCAGCAUCAUAGAGCCAUUUCCAGAUUUGGUUCUUUGUGAAACUAGCUUCUCCUUUUCAGCAAGUCCUGCACCUCUUGUAGUGUCUAUGCCAAGUGGGGCUGAGGGAAUUGGAGAAGAGUAGUCACGUUUGUGUAGUAAUGAUUACCUUGGCAGGUACCAUUGCCUUUGCAGGCGUAGAGCGAAAUCGAAGUUUGACUUCAGUGUAUUUCAGGAGUAAAAGAGAAGGGAAAAAAAAAAAAAAAAAAAAAAAAAGCAGAAAGUUUCAGUUUCACUUUUUAUUUCAGAAAAUAAUAACGCAUUAUAAUGUAUCAUUCAUGGUAGUAAAGUUUUGUUUGGGAGUUAAAUAGCAAUUACUGAAUUUGUGUGCAUGUGGUAGGGGUAUGGACAGAACUUUGCCAUUAUCAGUUUAUCUUAAUUUAACAAGAAUAGCUGAAGAUAAACUUCUACCUUGACCAUCAGCUUCCAUUUUGUUAAACUGCCCUACAGCUUGAACCUAUAAAUAGGUAUGUUGUAGGCAAGGAGAAUCUCGGCAUGGUGAUAUUUCAGAGACUGCUUCCUUUCUUUCUGAUUCAUGAUUCAAAGGGACUGCAUGAGAAGCACCUCAGGGCGCUCUUUAAAUAUGACUCAUGCAAAGAGUAAGUGAUAAUCACCAGGCUUUCUUAUUUAUAGAAAGGUGGUAGCUAUAUUGAUGGUGAAGCAGGAGUUUCAUAGUGAGCACUGGAAAUUCUCAGGUCUGAGUGAGAAACAAAGAUGUGGAGGGUUUUUGUCUGUUUGUUUGUUUUGUCUAAAGUUAACAAUGGCUAAAAAAAAAUACUUAGCUGCUGGUUGACCUAUUUGAAGUAAAUGUUAUUUGUUUAUUUAUGUAACCUAGGUUCAUACUCACAUUCUGUGAAGCAACAUAUCAAUUUGCUCUAAUCGGUGGCUUUUCUGGACAGGAAAGUGAAUGCUGCUUACUGUCUUGGUGAGACACACACACACACACACACACACACACAUAUAUAUAUAUAUAUAUAUAUAUAUAUGGUCCAUUUUUUUUUUUGCCUGGCAGUAAGAAAAUACAAGUUGUCAGUCUAUUUACAUUAACUAAAAAAAAAAAAAAAAAAAUGCUUACAUCUACGGACAGAUUAGUGGUGAUUUGUACGUUUCUUAGUGAGACUAUCAGAUUUUGCAAAGUGAGCAUUAUUGCUGUCCUUUCUGCCCAACUGUUGGGUUGUCUGUUGCAAAGAGUGUAGGUGUUAUCCUAAAAUUAAAAUAAUGUAGGGAGAAUGUGGAUUUAUUUUUUGUGUGUGUGUGUUUGUGAAUGAGUGAAUUCCAAUCCUUUUCUCCUGCUCUAGAACUGUAAAGACUACAAUUUUGAUGUAGAGACAAGUAUCCUGUGUCUAUGGUGUACAUGUAUGUAAGCAAGCAAGUGAAGGAAGAGCUAUACUGUUUGACCUGAGCUUUAUUCCCAUAUGUUUAACUUCAGUCCAUCAGGCACAUUAGCGAAGGAAAUGCCAGCAACUUUUAAUUCUAGGUAGCUUGGGAGGACUUGGUGGGUAAAAAAUGAGCUAUUGUGAGUUUUACCCCAGAACAGUAUAUAAUACGCACAGGUUAAGGAAGUUUCACCUCAUUUACACCAAUGAACAAUGACUUUUUUUAUCAUUCUUUUUAAUCAAUCUGUUAAUUCUUCAAGAGUUGAUAUAUCAAAGCAGUUUACAUGGGGCUUGUAAUGGACAGCUGUCCAUUCUGUACAGUCAAGUCUUGCACUGACAAGAGAAUUGAGAACUUCAUACUUUGUCACUAGAUCUGGUAAAAAAUAUUCAUAGCGUUUGUUUCACCAGAAUACACAGAACCGUAUGGAGGAAUACACCUUAGCCAAGUGAUCUAAUUUACCUCCAUUUUCAUUUCAGAGAAAAAUCAAGCUUGCCAUUUUAAAUAUAAACAUAUUUUAUUCUUGAAUGCCACGUGGAAGCGUAAGGUUUUACCUUAUAUGAACAUUUUAUUAAUGUAGUUAUUAAGUAAUAUUGUAAUAUAAGUGACAUAUUUUGUUUCAGUCUGAACAUAAUUUUAAUUCCUGUAAGAGAAUGUAAAAAUUCUUAGUAUUUGUUCAACCUCCCGAAAUGAAAAUUUAGACAGCACUGCUGUAAUUGUCACCAGACUAAAACACUACAAGUGAAAUUAAGAAUAAUAGAAUCAUAGAGUCUCUCAGGUUGGAAAAGACCUUAAAGAUCAUCAAGUCCAACCACAUCCUAACCAUACUACCCUAACUCUAACAACCCUCCACUAAAUCAUGUCCCUGAGCACCACAUCCAAACUUACCCUGGCAUAACUUAAGGCAGUUUCCCCUCAUCCUGUCAAUUCAAGUCUUUAAGUUAUGUCUCUGCAUUUUUAUUAUUCAAGUACAGGUGAGACUUCUAAGAGUUAUCUUCAAGGAGAUUUGUUUUAUUAUUAUUAUUCAUAGUUCCUGCUGUUUUAGAUUAAUGUAUCAAUACAGGUCUAUCUUCUCCCUGAAAGAAAAUGGGUAAUGAGAAAAGUCAAAAGAUUUUUUUUUUUAAUAAUUAUCUCAAUUGACUGUUUAUAAAUAAAGUGGAAUGGGCAGACAGUUAAAGAAGGGAAUCCUCAUUACUCUAUGAUUAUAAUUUAAUUAUUAUAAAGUAAGUGAAAAACAGAUGAAUAUUAUUGGACUGCAAAAUAUAUUAUUGACAAGAUAUGAUACUUGUAGCAAUACUUCCUUUUAAGGUACCAAAUACACUGUAAAUCAAUGGACAGCAGUAGUUGGAUCAUAAUGAUAAAAUCAUAUAUCUAUCACUGUAAUUCAUAAAAUCCUACAGUCCUCAAUGUGUCACUUAACCUUUAGGGUGAAUUGUCGGCUAAUACUGUGUGAUAGCUAAUCUAUGAAAGCAUUUGACUUCACAGUUACUUAAAACGUGUAGGCUGUCCACAGUUUUGCUGCCUCUCUUCAGGUAGCUGCACCUUUAUCACUAAGAAAUGUUAGAAUAUCUAACCCAGUAGAUAUCAUUUUAAAAUCCUUGCUGCAGCAACCAAUGGCUUUUUUUUUUUACUGUCUUAGGAUAUGAGGUAAGUGGACUCGCAUGAGGUUAAUGGGGCUUUAAGAAAAUGUCAUGUUCCUUCAGUGCAAGAUAAGGUUCUCUUCUUCUGAUGGGAAUCCUGUCACUUCAUCAGAUUUAUCAGUUUUCCCUGCCAAAGAGUUGAGAUAUUACUGUGUGUGAAAUGAUAUAUAGUUUUUUUCUUGGCUUGCCUGCUGAAUCCUGGGCAAAAAAAUAAAUCUUAUGGCAGAUGCCAGUUACUCCCUGUUGGUCUGUGCGUAGAAAUAUGUACUACCAUGAGAGCUAGUCAAGCAUUCAAAUAUGACCAGAACAGUUGUUUUGACAACUGAGAGCAAGGCAGAAUACCAGGGAUCAGAUGCACAGAGGCAGGAGGAAAAAAAAAGGAGGGGGGAGGGGGGGGGGGGUGAAGAACUGUUAGAAAAUCAGAAAUGCGUUAAAAUUUCUUUAAUGGGUUUAUUGAAUGACAUCUGCAAAUCAUUUAUGCUACUAUAUAAUCUCAAAUGAAGUGAAGAGAGAGAUGUAGCAGUUCUCAACUAUCUUUACUGUAUGCUUCCUCUACAAAACACAGCAAAAUGGCAUGCCACAUAAAAGGAAAUUUGAACAAGUAAAUAGCAACAAAAUAAUGUUAUGAGGAAGCCCAAACAACUUUUGAUCCAAAACCACAGGGCAAGAGGGUCUUGAAGAAACAAGACAUAAUGCAAUUUCUGUCUCAGCUCAGCAAAGGAGGGGACUUUUAGCUAAAUUACAUUGUCCUUUAGCUCAUUUUUAAUAGUUCAUAAAUAAAUUUGGACAAUCAUGAUGAAACAGACCUUGUGAGAAUGGAGAUUGUUUUGCCAGAUCUUGUUCCCCUUCUGUACACAAUCUUCUCAAAGUAUGAGAGCAAAUGCAAAAGUAACGCCUCCUAUUUUAUUAUAUUGGCUCACAACAUCAGAGGCAGAUGGUGGUAUAGCAGGUGAGAAUGAACCUUCCCACCAAUAUUCCUUUUUGUAUUGUUGUCAUGUGACAGAUAACAGCAAAGGAGUAGUCUGACAAAAAAUGGCAUCUGACAGGGAAGUCUGUAUGAAGCAAAGAUGUGGAAUUGAAUUCUUUCUUACAGGAAAAAAAUUGCUCUCGUUGACAUUCAUCAACACUUGUUGAACAUUUAUGGAGACUAAAAGUGGAUAUGAUCUUAGUAAGGCUGUGGGUGGUGCAUUUCAGUAGUGGUGACAGUGACACGAAAGACAAGCCAUGUUCAGGAUGGCCAUGCACAGCUGUCACACUGUGCAAGAGCAUCUAGUCAGCUCAUUCAUGUGAAUUGGCUACUGGUGGUGCCUAUGUUGAAAAAAAGUGUUCUGUAGCCAAGAAUUUGCUCUAUCAAAUAGUGUUACUGUACUCUGUCUAUCUGUUGUAGUCUCCAUGGAAAUAAAUAGGAGGCAUUACUUUCUAAGCAACCUGCAUAGAUGCUCCUCAAUUAGAAGUGACUUGUUUGUAACUGACUUGUACAUAAACAGAGGCAGUCGCUAUUUGUUUCAUUCAUUUUUCUAAGUUAAAACACUUCUCUCAGGACAGCAAGAAUAACUAAUACUGAACAAUUAGUUGCGUAGGAGGUGCAGAUGAUACAGAUAAUCUCUGUCAUUCUACAUCUGAUGUUCCAAUAUGGAUCCAUUUGAGAGCAUUUGAAGUCUUAAUAUAGAGUGGGGCACUAAGUCAUAGCUUUGGCACUCAUGCUUGAAAUAUUAUAGCCUUGAUAAUGUUGAACUACUGAUAAAGAAGUGAAAUUCCAACUCCACUGAAAUCUUUGGUUUGCCAUUGCAAUUACAGAGUCACUGUUUUAUCCCUGCUAUAUUUUAAGGCUCAGAACACCAUCAAGAGAAAUGUCUGCAAAGAAGUUUAAGAAAGGCUGAGAAAUUUUGAGCAUUCACACAUCCAUAAAGCUUAUUGAACCCUUGUACCUGAGAAGUUUCACCACACUACUGGUCUGUAGUACAACUCUCUUUCAUUUUGGCUGUGUAAUGUAACAACAAGGUUGAGUACACAUAAAUAGUUGCUUUGAGCCUAGCUCUUAGGACUUGUACAUUCAAUGAAAUAUUGACUUGGUAUCAAAUUUUGUAUCAUUGCCCUAAGGGGUCCCCACACAGUGCUGUAAAACCAUGUCUAUGUACAGCUUAACACAACCCACUCCUAAUUAUUUUUGCCUAGAGUAGCUAGCUGCUGCUGUUGGAUUUCUUGACUUUUAUGCUUAGAACAGCAGUGACACAUAGUGAGUCAAGCCUUUACCAUGCUUAAAUAUCUCCUGCUAGGUGCUAUAUAAAAGCAUCAUUUAAAAAAAAAAAAAAAAGGCAUGUGUGCAAACCUUGUUUACAAUGUGAUACAUCAGAGGUAUGCAAAUUGUGUACAAAGUAGUCAUUCUCUUGCAUUCACAUACAGCUUUCUGUUUGCAGUAUCUUUUAAUGUCUGUACACUCUGACCUCUGUUUCAUCAUAUUUGAUGUUUACUGUGUAUCUUCAAGCUCAAGCUGUCCCAAAGUAUAAAGUUGAUCUCAUAGCUCAUCCAUUUCAGUGUUAUUUGAUUAUUAAUUAAUAACUUAAACAGCAGACUUAAACAUAAGAACAGAACAUAGCUCUGGAGGAGAAAAUGCCACAAAAUAUAGUCUGUGAAGGAACAGCAGUAACUCUCCCUAAGACCAAGGAAAUCAUUCAUAAAUACUUUCUUCUUCGCUUUCACCUUCUUCUUCAGAUACUAAGAAAUAGAAUUUCUAAGGCUUAGAAAAAAUGUUGCAUGUGGCAUUAUGACUUUAAAUUAUCCCAUUGCUCUAAUCAUGCAGUAAAGUAGAAGUGAAAGCAACUGUUUAAAGCAACCUUUUUAAUUGUGACAUUGCCAUACUGAAUGUUGAGAGGCAUGUGGUUCUUUGCCUUAUUUGUUUAGCUUCAUUCAGUUAUUCCCAUGCAUGUCACUAUGCUGACCUGAUAGUAUUUCUCUGACUCCUGCUCAUCCCUACUGAAUCUUUAAACUUCAGUCAUAAAAUAAUAAUAGAUUGUCCGCAUUCUUCUCAACCUUUGAAAUUUUUGGUAUUCCAUCAGUUUAUUUUCCUUCUGCUAAAUUGUUUCCUUUGCUUUGUUCAUACACUUUAGAGUAUUUGUUAUUUUGUAUUUCCAUCACAGUCCUUGUAGUUACAUUUUCUUGCCUAUUCGGAUCCAUUUAGAGUUCACCUCUAAAAGAUUCCUGGUUCAUCAGUUUGCAGUCUCUUCCUCUCUCAAAUAGUGUAUUCUAACUUCCUUCUCCCAUUACCAGUUAAAUUAGGUACAGUUAGAGGACCUUAGUGGCUUAUGCCUACCUUAGUAAAAAGUAUUUUUAUAUCUGUACCUAAAAUCAUUCUAGGUUUAGAGCUCUCAUUCUAUGUAAUCUGUUCAAUACGAAGGAAAGUACCAAUUUGUGUGACAUAAAUUCUAUGAAGCCAUGAUGAUUAUCUUGUAAUGUAGAUUUAAAAA